UCUAUUGAUUAUUAUUUUUAAUAUUUUAUUACCUUUUAUGUUUAAUAUUUUCUUGUUUUUUUUUUAUUUUAUUUUUACUCUUUUAAAUUGUCAUCUGUUGCAGCCUGUUGCCACGUUUUAAAAAAAAUAAUUUUUGUUUUGUUUUUUACACCUCAUUAGUUAUGAUAAAUGAUUCAGAUAAAUUUUUAUCAUAAAACUUUUCAAGUUAAAUGUUAGUUAGUUCAAAUGUUAUCAUGUAAAUUUAAAAAUAAUAAAAAAUAAUUUUCUAAACAAAUUGUUAUCAUCAUGAUGAGUAUCAUUGAAGAAGCUGGAGAUUUCAAGAAUCAAGACUCAGUUGCUCACCAGCAUUGCCACAAUAUCCAGCAAGUUUAAUUAUAAAAAAAUAAACACUGUUAAAAUAGUUUAAUAUAAAAAAAAAUAAAAAUAUGUAUAUUAAAAAGAGCAAAACAUAGUAAAGACAAUUAUUUUAAAAAAUGGAAAACAAAAAAGAAAUGAGUUUUUUAAAACAAGCAGCUGUUCAAAGUUUAGCUGGAGGUGGAGCUGGAUUUAUUGAAGUUUGUAUAAUGCAUCCAAUGGAUAUUGUCAAGACGAGAUUUCAAUUACAAGUUAAAACAACAAUUAACAAUCCACUUUACUACAAUGGUAUUCGUGAUUGCAUGAUUAAAAUUUAUAAAAAUGAAGGCUUUGGUGCAUUUUGGAAAGGAAUAUUACCUCCAAUUCUUGCUGAGACUCCAAAACGUGCUGUAAAGUUUUUCACAUUUGAACAGUAUAAAAAAAUAUUUCUAUUUGGUUCAAGUACACCAACACCACUGACUUAUUCACUUGCUGGUCUAUGUGCUGGAAUAACUGAAGGAAUUUUAGUAAAUCCAUUUGAAGUUGUUAAAGUUAGAUUGCAAUCAAAUCGUGAAAAAAUGAAAAACACACCAUCAACUUUUAGUGUGACCAAAGAAAUAAUUAAUAAACAUGGUAUUGGUUUGAAUGGAUUGAACAAAGGUCUAUCAACGACAAUCAUUAGAAAUGGAAUAUUUAAUUGUUUUUAUUUUGGUUUUUAUCAUUCUGUUAAAGGAUUUAUACCAGUUAAUAGUGAUCCACUACUUGAAUUUUUAACAAAAGUUGGCCUUGGUUUUAUUGCUGGUACAACAGCAUCAUGUUUAAAUAUACCAUUUGACGUCGCUAAAAGUCGAAUUCAAGGUCCACAAAAUGAUGUAAAAUAUAGUGGUACAAUACAAACAAUGAUUAUUGUUUACAAAAGAGAAGGACCUAUGGCACUUUACAAAGGACUAUUACCAAAAAUACUUAGACUUGGACCUGGUGGUGCAAUAAUGCUUGUUGUUUAUGAUUAUACAUAUGGAUAUCUUUCAAAAAAAUUUAAUGAAUGACAAAUACUUAAAUUUUUAUUGUUAUUUAUUAAAAUAUAUUUUUAUCAAGAACAUUUUUUUGUUAAUUUAUUAAU